UAAAUUUUUACUUAAAUUGAUUCACUCGACGUUCACUCUACGCAGACCAGUUCCUUUUUCCUUCUUUUUCUCUUCUGUAAGAACUCACACCCCAUCGACACCAUGACUAGUCCUUCUGCUUCAUCUCGCAAGGUUUUGAGCAAGAUCGCUUGUAAUCGGUUGCAAAAGGAGCUAAUGGAAUGGCAGGUUAAUCCUCCUGCUGGAUUUAAACAUAAAGUUACUGAUAAUCUUCAAAGAUGGAUCAUUGAAGUGAAUGGGGCACCAGGAACUUUGUAUGCUAAUGAGAUGUAUCAGCUUCAGGUUGAUUUUCCUGAGCAUUACCCUAUGGAAGCCCCUCAAGUUGUUUUUAUCCAUCCAGCUCCAUUGCAUCCUCACAUUUAUAGCAAUGGACAUAUCUGUUUAGAUAUCCUGUAUGAUUCAUGGUCCCCUGCCAUGACUGUAAGUUCCAUCUGCAUCAGCAUUCUCUCAAUGUUGUCUAGCUCAACUGUGAAGCAACGUCCUGCGGACAACGAUCGCUAUGUGAAGAACUGCAAAAACGGCAGGUCUCCCAAAGAGACGAGAUGGUGGUUCCAUGACGAUAAAGUGUAGUAACAUUAGCUACACAUGAUUGCAACAGUAGUGACUCCAACUCCCAUACCUACUGAAAAGUUCUCUUUUCCCUCCCAAAAAGCAAAGAGAAUUUGGUUCAUAAAGAAAUAGUAAUAGAAGAACAACCGACAUUCUGAAUUUGCCAGUUUGCAUUGUAUGCUGAGCAAAAUUUUAAAGCUGCUAUAAAGCAGCCUUAACUUGUAUAGCAGUGUAAGUGCUUCUGGUUGAAUGUGAUACAGAAGCAUAGGUUGGAAAAUUGUGUUUUAUGCUAUAAUGGCUGUGGCCUUAAAACCCAGCCCUUUAUCGUCCACCUUAGCGUGCGAUGUACCUAUGUAUCUAACUUUGCUUUGCUUGAUUAAAAGUUGGAGUUAAAAGUUCUACUACGAAA